UUCCCAGAGGGCUGCCUCGGCUCGGCCGGCGCUGUCCUUCCGCGGCCGGCAGCCCAUGGCAGCUGAACAUGUUCUCUGCCAGGAAGUGGUGUGGCGUUUUCGGAGCUGUCAAACUGCAUCAUUUCAGAUCCCGUUCUGUAUCCAGAGCCUCUCCAAACCUGACUUUCGUGCCAGCCUGUCUUCCCCCAGAUCCCGCAGAAGUGGAGGAGCUGCAGCGCUUUGUUUCUAACUCCAAGAGGCUGUUUGUGAUGACUGGAGCUGGAAUCUCCACGGAGUCAGGGAUCCCCGAUUACCGCUCCGAGGGCGUGGGGCUCUACGCCAGGACAGACAGACGGCCCAUGCAGCACGCUGAGUUCGUCCGCAGCGCCAGUGCCCGGCAGCGCUACUGGGCAAGGAACUUCGUGGGCUGGCCCCAGUUCUCCUCCCACCAGCCAAACAAGGCUCACCUGGUGCUGAGAGACUGGGAGAAGCUGGGCAAGCUGCACUGGCUGGUGACCCAGAACGUGGAUGCCCUUCACACCAAAGCCGGGAGCCAGCGCAUGACGGAGCUGCACGGCUGCAUACACAGGGUCUUCUGCUUGGCCUGUGGAGACCAAAUCUUGCGUGCUGAGCUCCAGAAGCACUUUGAAGCUCUGAAUCCUACUUGGAAAGCUGAAGCAUUUGGGGUGGCUCCGGAUGGGGAUGUCUUCCUGACGGACGAGCAGGUGCGCAAUUUCCAAGUGCCAGCCUGCCAAAAGUGUGGUGGAAUCCUGAAGCCUGAUGUGACCUUCUUUGGAGACACAGUGAGCCAGGAAAAAGUCAGUUUUGUACACCAACGCCUGGCAGAAUCAGACUCCAUGCUGAUAGCAGGAUCCUCUAUGCAGGUGUACUCUGGUUACAGGUUUGCCCUUGCUGCCCGGGAGAAGAAGCUGCCAAUUGCAGUCCUUAACAUUGGGCCCACCAGGUUGGAUCACUUUGCAUCCUUAAAGCUGAAUUCCCGCUGUGGAGAGCUGCUGCCUUUGAUUGUUUGCACAUGACCCAACCAGCUGAGCUUCAGUAGCUGUCAGGAUUAAAGUUACUUUUACAAGGACUCAUCUCAGAAAGGGGAAAACUCCAAUGCAAGAGGCAGCUGCGAGAUGCAGUGCACAGCCGCUGAGGGCACCAGGAGAGGGCAGCAAGCCUCACGCGUGUCAGCCUCACCAGUUCUCUCCAUUGAAACCACGUAUCAGGAAGCAGAAUGAGGAUGGAAAAAAAGUACUUUUCUGCCUUAGCUUGCCGUUAAACAGUGCCUUUUCAUUCACUGCGACAGGAUAAUUGGACUACCAUGUCUGAGGACAAAAUACCUUUCUUUUAAUUAUCCCAGAGGAGAAGGGUGGGAUGGGGAUUUUGACCAGGUAAUUUGAGGCUGGAGCACAGGAGGGCGGUGUGGGACACUGCUGGGGGAUCCAGUGUCACUGGUGGGAUACUGUAGAGUGUGCAAAGAGGAAAAGGAGGCACGAGGAACUGCAAUGGUCACUUAAAAGAAAAAAGGUUCAAAAUAGAAGCUGAACAAGAACACUGCUCUUGUAACAGGUUAUUUGGAAGGACAGGCUAUAAGGUUGACAUCUUCCAGCAAGGAGGGGAAGUCAGCAUUUCUCUCAACUGUUGGUUGACAAGCUAAACUGCUUCCUAUCCAACCCUUUAAAAAUUAAACAUUGUUGAGAUGCCACAGGAGUUACUUGAAGCUAAUCUGACCAGCACUACUUUCAGUGAGGCCACUACAUUUUCCAGAAUGCAUUUUUGAAGAUGUUAUUUACUUCAUUAAUAGCUAAGGAAUCAAUUAAAAUUGUUUAGAAGAUUGAGACUAUUUGCAUUGUAAUUUUCUCUCCCUCCCAUGAUUUAAGCACAUUCUCAAUAGCCAGUUUAGAGUCUUUUUUUCUUCCAUUGCAAAAAUGCAGUUUGUAAUUACUAGCAGUUGAUGAAUUAAGAGAGAAAUGAAAUUAAACCUGUACAAUAGGUCUCCCUCAGGAGGUAAUCUCUGUUGAAAGGUGCAAUUUCCACACUCCUAACAGGAGAUCCAUCACUACUGGGUAGUGAUUUUUUGUUGAUCCUUAGGAUGGUAUUGUAAGCUCCAUCAAACUGUUCACAGAGUAAAGUACAGAACCUGGCACAAACUAGAACACUAAUUUUUUGACCUGACCUUCUUCAUGAAACUACCACUCCCCACUUCUAGCUCUGAGGGAUUUAAUUGUUGGGGUUUUCCAAGUGCUCCCUCCUACUCCAAGUAACAUGUCCUGGACUAAUAUUUUGACAAGAACUGAAACACGCAGUUGGAAACAAGGACGGCAGAGUCAUCUGCUUGCUAAAAGCUGUUCCUCCUGAAGCUUGGAUAGAGGAGCUGAGAGUCCCAUAUAAUGGAUUUUUCUUCUGCUCCUCUGAAAGUGGAGUUGGAGUUACCCAAAGCAAAUAAAAGUUACUUCCUAUUUGGCAAA